AUGGCCGGAGAAGACGACGAGUUCGGCCUCUCUGUCAACGAAGAAGAAGCGCUUUCCCCGAACGGAGAAUCCUUGACACGGAGGAGAUCACUUGCCAGCUCAAAUCGAGGCCCGAGGUCCAAGCGUGCCAAAUAUGCGGCUGCCGCGUGUUAUGAGUGUAAAAAACGAAAGCUCAAAUGUGUGAAAUCGGAUACCGAAGCGGAGUGUCAGCGGUGCAUCUCCGGCGGUGUACGAUGCAUCUUCGGUCCGGCGCCCCCGCAAGAGGACAACGCCGGUGUGAGGGAAAACGUAAUGAGCAGGAGAAAGUCGAGGCAUAACAGUCAGCCGAGGGAUGACAUUCGGAGCGAGCUGUCGAUGCUUCGAGAACAAGUCGCCAGCUUGGCAAACACCGUUGGAAAACUGGCCGCGAACAAAAGUUGUCAAGCGCCUUCGGCAUCUCCGGGUUCGCAGCAUCAUUUGCCGCCUCACGAAAACGCGUCUUCCCAGGGAGCCAAGGAGCCCAAGCAACCACAAUUCGUCGGGCCGACUAGAUCAGCCUUCAGUCUGAAAGUCGCCGAGACGUCGUUGACGAAAAUGGGCAUCUCAGCAAACAAUACAGCCGCAGAACCCGUGAACGAGUCUCUUGAUCCCACUCGGUAUCCAACACCUGAACAGUCCGAGGCGUCUCAGUGGGUGCAAGGCACAGACGUUCUCCUUACGAUAUCUCUCGACGAGUUCGUGCGGCUUCUCGAAGUCUUUGAGGAAGAGGUCGAGAUUGUUUACCCUUUUGUCGAUACGCGAGAACUGGUCUCAAAAUCGGCUGCCAUACGGGCGUAUGUCGAGGAAAAUUCGGAUUUUACGGCCGCAACGGCUUCCACCGCUCCGUCGACGGGCGUGGAGAUCAAGGACGUGAUUUUGGCGAGGAUUGCCGUUGCCAUCAGCAUGGUGGUCGAAUCACACGGCAGGAACCCUACAAGUAACAAGCUUGUUGAGCCUGUCAAGCAACUCAUCUACCAGUUCUCCAAUGAUGCCGAUGUUGAUCUCAAAGUCGUCCAGAUCAUGGCCAUGAUUAGCAUUUACUACUUCUUCUUGGACGAGGAGCUCCUUGCGUGGAGAAACAUUGGUAUUGCAGCGCGUGGCGCUUUAGAGAUGGGACUGCAUCAGAAAAUGAGUCUGAACGACAACUUUCCGCAUCCUGAAAAACGCGGCCUAGCGGUUCGUGUGUUUUGGUGUGUCUACGUAUUGGAUCGCCGCUGGAGUUUUGGAACAAGCCUGUCUUUUGCCCUUGCUGACAGGGAUAUCGACCCAAACUUGCCCGAGCCAUCCGAAGACUUCCGCUAUCUGCGCUGUUUGAUCGACUAUGGGCGGCUGUGCUCCAAGGCCUGGGAUGCAUUACCGCCCUUCGGCGCCCCAACACAGUCAAUCCCGAAGGACACGGUUGCCUUUCUCGACUUCACUGCACAAAGCUGGCUCAACUCGAUACCGCCGGAUCUACAGCUGCGUCACCCUCAACAUGGGGGCAUAUCAACGACACAGUCCCGUGCGGUCCGACGGCUGCGUGCCCUGCUUUACUUGCGAGGAAACCACAUUCGAACCAUGAUCCACCGUCACCACGUCAUCAGCUCGGCGAGCAUCGAGGCCGAUAUCGAAAAGGCUCGGCUGGUUGUCGAUAUAGCCAUCGACAGCAUCUCCGUCUUGGUCCACCUCAGCGAAACGAGCAACAUCUAUGAACGGCAACAGAGCGCGUUCAACUACUUCUUGCUGAGCGCGCUAGCCGUCAUAUUCCUCGCCGUCUGCCACGGCUCCAGAAUAUUCGCCGAGCCCUGCAGGCAAAGCUUCCUAGUUGCAGUCGAGCUCGUCAAGGGCUUCUCGCGCCAAGGCACGUCAAGCCGGAGGCUGUGGAAGAGCAUACGCGGGCUUCUGCCGCUGGCUCAGCGUGUAGGACUACGCGACGAUGUGAACUCCGCUCAGGGAGUUGAUUUGAACAGCCGAGUACCUCGGCAUGAUCCUACUGAUUCUUCCUAUAUCUUGGAUACGGGGGUCGAAGAGCGGCAGUCGGGGCAGCCGGUGGUGAUGGGGCCAGACCUCUCCCAUUUGCCUCCAGCCCAGCCAAUGAGCCUCAAUGCGGACUUCGGGACUGCGGCUCCAGAUGCCUUUGCCUUGAGCAAUGACCUGAUGUUCCUGUUCGACGCGUUUGGCCAGACGGAUGACGUUUGGACCAACGGAAUGCAGGAAUACACCGGAGGAGACGAGCAACAGCCUCCCCUAUCUGGGGAAGCAGAGAUUUCGCGGCAUUUUUGGGGACUUAUAUGA